AGGCAGGUGUUCCCACAUUGACGUAUUUGUAACAGUAUUAGCCGGCUGAAAGCAGUGCAAUGGGCAAAAAGAACAAGAAGCAAGCAACCACAGAGGCCGCUGAGCCCGUUCAGCCCGUGGCUGAUGUUGAUGCUCAAAUUGCAAAACGUCCCCGGCAGCAGUCGCUGGAUCGAAGUCUGGAGGUCUUUCUCUGGCUCUUGGCCUACAGUUUUCUGAUGUUCACGUUGCCCUUCCUGGGAUUUUAUGGUGUGCAGAGCUGGCUGAAAGAAUCGUUCCCCACGCUGACCAUCUUCGAAGUCAACUGCUACUCGGUGCUGACCGCCGUUCUGGUGGUCAACGCUGUGGUGGCACUGUACGUGCUUAAGGCAUUCCGCGAGAAAGAUCCUCCUACCUUAGAGGAAGUUGAGGAGGCAGAAGCUGAGCAGAAGAAGAGCCAGUAACUUAGUCUUGAAUCAACUAAAAUAAAAGUCAAUUCGACAAUCUUUUAAA